AAAGAAUUAAAAUCUUACGAGAGUAAGAAUUUCUUUACCCUGAUUAAAAGCUUUUGCUAUAUUUGUCUUUUACUUUUGCAGUAGGAAGGACUGUAAGAACUUUGACUCUGGGUGAGGGAGCUUCCAACUUCUACUAAGAAUAUGAAUUAUGCAAGAUGGUAGGCUAUCCAUAUAACCUCUUUCUGUAUAGCACUGACAGCAAAAUUAAACAUUUGCUAGUUCUUCAGCUCCCAUGGUUCACUGCUGGCAUCCUAGCUUACCUUGUAAAAGUAAAAUUGUUUUCUACUGAUAGGAGAGACCACAAACUGUUUAAUCUGAAGCACAGGCAGACAGAACCAAAAUGUCAGAUUAGAAUGAGUCAAACACUUGAUGUAACACAUAAAUAUAUUUGAGUCCAAGCUUUGAUAUUUCUUCUUAUCCUUGUAGUUUAUUUUCUUCUCAUAUUUAGACUUGAAAAACUUUGAGAUCUGAAAAUGGUAUAAAUCAACUUUUGAAUUGUUUUGAACUCUUCAGCAAUUCUAAAAUUCUCAGUGCUUAUGCACAACUCUGUUGUGCAUAACAGAGUUAUAAACAAUACAUUUGUUUGUCAAAUAUUGGGAGAUAUUUGAGUGCUUGCAGUAGGGAUUUGAAAACCUUGAAACUGAGUGUGAGGUGGGUAACAAGAUUCUUCUGCCUGGCUGCCUGAAGGGUGAGAAGGCUCCCCAGAAAACAACAGAAGAGUGAAUGGUAAGUCUUAAGUAGGCUUAUGCCACUGUUGUCCUAAGACUUGGCUGGAGCCACACCACUGUACCUUGAAAGAGAGAGGAGGAACUAACGGAAAGAAGCUAGAGAUGAGGUCUCUGCUGAAAGUGUUAUUUAAAAUAGCCAUGGAGAGGGAACGAAAAGAAAACAAGGUUGUUCUCUCUGUCAAAUGGUUUUCAGUCACGGGAACUUGAUGGCGCAUUGACUGGAAGAACAAGGUUAGAUACUCAGAAUGGCUGUUCAGGUGGCUGCAUCUUCAAGCAGGCAGCUUUCAGGUUAUCUGUGCAGCUUUCAGGUUAUCUGUGCUGCCACAGCAGCGAGGGACUCUUGUCCUUCUUCUGUCCUCUACGAAGCUUUUGUUGUUAUUGAUGUUGUUCUGCUUUGCCAUCUGUGUUAAAAGGAAUGGUUUUGCCUUGGUACUUUGUUUAGCACUACCUAGUGAGUGACUAAAUACACAAAAUGCUGUUCUGUUCCAUUAUGUAUGGCCAGUCUUAAACCCAGGGUUCCCAGCACCCCCCAGUUACUGAAGCAUACCUAAACAAUCCAAUAGCCCUUACCAGGAGCUGGUCAGGUCAGGCUGACUGUAGCAUAUAUGUCUUUGGAAGAAGUGACUGGGGGGUCUUUCUGGCCAGGAAAGUACUGUGGUUUGCCACAGCAGGGGAGGGAUUUUUUUCUCAUGACCUUCUGAAGGCUAAGGGAGUUAGUGACUUUUCCUUAGUUCUGUUUUUAGUUACUGCAGCAGAAACUGCUAGGACAAUAUUCUGCAGGACAAGAUUUCUCUUCUUCUGCCUUUUUUUUACAGCAUUUUUACAGCUCACUUGUUAAUAAACAGGAAAAGUGUGCAAAUACCUGUCUGACAUGCUCUGUGGUCUGUUCCCUGCUGCUGAGAGCUGUGAUAAGUUAGUUCUGCUGUCUUGCUCUGUUGGCUGAAAGUGACUUGUGAUGUGAAAAUUAUGAUAAAACUUCAAAAUAUUUGGUGUUUUUUUACACUAAUACUUUUAUUUUGCUUAAGCUUUUUUUUCUUAUGUACAUAUUGCUUCUGUGGCUCACAGAGUGUGCAGUUGAUCCCUCCAUGCAUCACCACUGCAUGUCAUUUGUGGACAAAAAGAAGAGCUAAAGUUCCAUCCUUACUGUGAAAAUCCACAGAAAGCGCAUUCCACAAAUCAGCUUUUUCAGCAGGACACUUACACUACAUUUAUAAUCAUUCAGAUGCAGAGAUUGUGUUGGCACUUCUUUUUUCACUUUGAUAUGGUCUUACAAGCUCUAGCAUGAAGAUAGCUAUAAAGCAGCUGGAGAAUGGAAAAUAUCUGUUAAAAAUCAAAUAUGACAUGUUCAUCUUGGAUAGGAAUGUGCUUCUCAGUUAUACAACUAUCUUUUGUAUUUAACUGCAUUUACAAGACUUGUCUUGUUACCUUUUUGGGAGUUCACACUCCCAGGGUUAUUCGACACUCCCUCAGGCUAUAAAUUAUGGGCACUUGCCUACUGAAGUGUGAUUUAUUAUUUUUAUAAAAAUGCCCAACCUUUACAUUCCAUGUUUUGCUGGAAAGAGGCUUCUUUGUGCACCAAGACUUUAAAUUGUGAGCGGCCAUUUACUUGCUGCUUUCACUUUUUUCGAUUGUGUUGUUCAAGGACCUUGGCUCACUCCUCUCACCAUGAAGAGUUUUGCUCUCCUUUUCCUAGUUUUGAUCUGUGUCAUGGAAGGAUUGGGACAGAAGCUGAAGCCAAAGAGAAGAAGCAGUGGUGAAGAAAUCAAAUUUCGGACUAAAACCAAAGACGUUUGCACAAUGACCGUGAGUGGUGAUGAUGAGGAGAUGAGACUUAGAAUUGAAUGCAAAAGCCAAGGCAUGUCCUACUGGUGUGAAUUCACUGGCAAGCCAUCAGUCUGUCGUGCUUUCAGAAAUAAUCCAAAGAUUUACUGGAAUCAGAUCGCCGCGGAACUCAGAAAGAUCCCGCACGCGUGCGAAUCCAUGGAAGUGUUGAAGACCACCAUGUGCCAAAAAGCUCCCCCAGAGGCUCUCAUGAGGCAAAUAGCUGCUGGUGUGGAGCCAGAAGAUCUAGCAAACCAGGAAAAGUCAGUCCAGAAAGCUUCUAUUCCUAUGAGAGAAGCGGGGCAAAACUUUGACUCAACCCAACAUGGUCAAGGGUCUGAAAAUGAAACAGAAGCCAUGAAACUGGCACGGGAACAUUGCUGGGAAUCUCUGCAUGGUGUCUGCUCCUACAUCAUUGGCAUCUUUAGGGGUUAAGGAUUUUCUUCAGGUAAAACUCAUCUGGAAGCACAGUAAAAUAUACUUAAGAGUAAUUAUUUAAAAAUAUAAAUUAAAAUAAGAGUAGUUGUUUUGAUUCGGGGGGUCUCAGGGAUGUGGACAGGGAGGUGCUAAGCCUGCUUGCUAAAAUCUAACAUUACAAGGCCUGUUUUGUGUCUUUUGAGAGGCUGGGCAGCUUAAAUUUCUAGUGAUCUGUAUUAGCUCAGGACUCUCAUACAGCCUCCUGCAAGGUUUUAAGUAUGUACAGAGGUGUUUGCCCUAUCUGUUAUUAAUCCUAUAGUAUUUCAGUUCUAACUGUUUGAAUUGGGCUAAGUUUUGCCUUCUGUCACUCCUUCCCUCUUGUGCUGACUUCUGGAUUUAUGCCAGGGAAGUAAGAUAAAUGCAUCAGGUCCAGCCAAAUGCAGCAGUUAGAACAAACUACAUUCAGAGACUGAAGGAAUAAAGCUUAUUCAUUAAAACUGCUGGCUAAUAAUGAAACAUUUUAAUCUGAAAAAUUAGUUCAUAAACCCGUUGCAGAAAUGAGUAAACCCAAGUGGACUGUGUAGGUUUGCAAGUAUGUUACUGUACAGUAGGGGGUCACAUGCAGGCACUUGUUUGGCAAGUCUCAGGUUUUCAGCCAGCAUUUAAAAACUCACUGGAGAAGUGAUUGGUUUUAUACUCUCUUCUGUUCCAGCUUGGAGAGAAAGCCAGGAGCUGGUGAGCGGACCUGGCAAAUUUGAUAGAAAUGGGAAUAUAUGCAGUGUGAGCUGGCAAGUGUUUAGGCUGCUAAUGAUAAUUUCUGCCUAAUACAGCAAAGUGACUAAUUAUUUUCUCUUUUUUUUUUGUUUGUUUUGCAGAGCAAUGAUAUUGCUGCUGAAGAAGGGUCCUUUGCUGCAUUGUAGUAAUUUAGAUGUAAGAAUUUUGGUU